AUGAUGCGUCCAAAGCAGGCCGAGGUUGCCGGCGCAACUCUUUCCUGGUUUGCCGGGUCAGAUCGCAGCGUCGCUGUCUCUAGACUCUGCAGUUGUCUGCAGAUGACGACAAGAAAAGUCCUGCUUGUGACCAGCUUCACGGCAAAUCUGCACAUGUGCCCUGUAGGCAGAGCCUUUAUUGACAGUCGACCAUGUGCAAGUACACUUGCUAUUUGCAGGCCUCCACAUGAGGCAGAUCGCCAAGUUGACCUUAAAAAUGCUUUCUCCCGAUUUUCACCUCUUCGCAAAGGUAUCCGCAGUCAAUCACGACGAGUGCGUCCAUUUUUUACGCAAAACCGGUUUCUCUCUUUUGUUCUGUCUUGA